UCGUAAAGGUGUUCCGUAGUAUGGUGUGAAACGAAAAAUUGGAAUAUUUGCAAUUUUCCAGUGUCCCGUGCAGCGAAACGGUGUUUAAACGAGAGCCCAUACAUAAAACUAUCGAAUUAGCGUGCGGAAACCUCAUCGAAGAAGUUUUAUUACAUUAGUUGCAGAGACGGCAGAGAGUAGGAAGGAAAAACUAGGAAGAAGAACGACGGCCCCAAAGCAGAGCACCACAACCUAAUAAUCGAUUGCGCACAAGUAAAGCGAACAGCAUUAGAAUUUGUUCGCUGCAUAAAAGCUAGAUUUUCGCAAAUAGUACCUUUUGAGGAAGUUUCUGAUUUUUUAUAAAGUAAGUCAGGCCAUCAAAGAAGGGAAAAAAGAAAUCAUGCAAUUCCAAGGCACAGCACAACCGCACCAGGGUGGAUUCCGUGGGCCUCGCCCGGAAAAGAACGACUUCUACGUCGGUCAGCCGGGUAGCAAGCCUCCGCACUUUAUGAACAAACAAGGACCACCGUCGAUUCCGCCGUUCAACGCGAACGCGUUCGGUGGCCCCAAGCCAAUGUACCAGCAGAAUGCGGUCAACGGUGGUGGCCCGGGAGGAUUUAACAAGUUUGGUGGCGCUGCUGGUCGAGUGUUUGGAGGCCAGCCCGGUGGCAUGAUGCCGAAGAAGGACUUUGGUGGCCCGAAAAUGUACGGUCCCGGUGGUAGCAAGCCGUACGGCGACGAUAAGCCGUUCGACACAUUCGGUGGACCGAAGAAGUACCAUAACUCGAACCCGGGCAUGGGUGGCGGAUAUGGUGGCGGCAUGGGUAACCGUAAUGGUUUCGGGCCGCGUUCGGACUACAACGGCUUCAACAAAGACGACCGAGCAAAGAUUCAGUCGCUGAAGGCCAAGUACCCGGGACAGAACCUGAUGAAGCCAAUGUGGGAAAACUUGGAACCGUUCCAAAAGGACUUCUACGUGCCACACCCGGUCGUGAUGGGCCGUUCGACGGAGGAGGUGCAGGCGUUCCGCGAACAGAUGCAGAUCACGGUCAUGGGCAACAAUGUGCCGCAUCCGUGUCAGAACUUUGAGGAGGGCAACUUCCCGGAGUACGUGAUGAACGAAAUCAAGAAGCAAGGUUUCCCACGGCCAACCGCCAUCCAGUCGCAAGGCUGGCCAAUUGCCCUGAGUGGACGCGAUAUGGUUGGUAUCGCACAGACGGGUUCUGGCAAGACGUUGGCGUAUAUGCUACCAGGCUUGGUCCAUAUCUCCCACCAAAAGCCGCUGAGCCGCGGUGAAGGUCCGAUCGUGCUGGUUCUUGCACCAACACGCGAACUUGCUCAGCAGAUUCAGACCGUGGUGCGGGACUUUGGUAAUCACUCGAAGCCGAACAUUCGAUACACUUGCAUUUUCGGAGGAGCGCUGAAAGGACCACAGGUUCGCGAUUUGGAACGCGGUGUUGAAGUAGUCAUUGCUACUCCGGGACGGUUGAUCGAUUUCCUUGAGCGUGGCAUUACCAACCUACGCCGAUGCACGUACCUCGUACUGGACGAAGCGGAUCGCAUGCUGGACAUGGGCUUUGAGCCCCAAAUCCGCAAGAUCGUCGAACAAAUUCGGCCGGACCGUCAGGUACUGAUGUGGUCCGCAACGUGGCCGAAGGAGGUGCAAACGCUGGCCGAAGACUUCCUGCGUGAAUACAUCCAAAUCAACAUCGGAUCGUUGAGCCUCGCGGCGAACCACAACAUCCACCAGAUCGUGGACGUGUGCGAGGAAAACGAGAAGGAGAGCAAGCUGUUGAAGCUGCUCAAGGAGAUCGCCACCUCAGACGCUUCGAACAAGAUCAUCAUUUUUGUCGAGACGAAGAAGAAGGUCGAGGACUUGCUGAAGAACAUUGUGCGUGACGGUUAUGGGGCGACGUCGAUCCACGGUGACAAGAGCCAAUCGGAGCGGGACUACGUGCUGCAAGACUUCCGACACGGCAAGAGCACGAUCCUGGUGGCGACGGACGUGGCAGCACGCGGUCUCGACGUGGAGGACGUCAAGUACGUCAUCAACUUUGACUACCCGAACUCAUCGGAGGACUACAUUCAUCGUAUUGGGCGCACGGGACGCUGUUCGCAGUACGGCACUGCGUACACAUUCUUCACACCAAACAACGGACGCCAGGCACGAGAGCUGCUCGGGGUUCUGGAAGAGGCUGGCCAGCAGCCGACGGUAGAGCUGAUUGAGAUGGCCAAGUCGGCCCCGGGCGGAAAAGGUGGUCGACUGCGCUACUCGACGCGCGGCAGCUACGGAAACGGUGGUGGCAUGAACAGCUACCAGCGUCGCCCGCCUUUCAACGGUGGUGGUGGAUUCGGUGGACCCCCAAAGUACGGUGGUGGCAUGCAGAACGGCGGCAUGAUGGGUGGCGGUAACAAGUUCGGUGGACCACCGAACAAAUACCGCGACGGUGGUAUGUACCGCGGUGAGAACAACUGGAACAAGGGCCCAAGUGGACCGGCGAUGAUGGGCGGCCCUGGUGGCUACCAGUCGCACUCGCCACAGUCCCCGCAGGCCGCGGCCGCCGCAGCAGCGGCAGCCGUCGCCUCCGGUCAACAGAUGUACGAGCCGCAACAGGCGCAGAUGCGCGCCUACCAUCCGAAGAAUAUCUACCCGGGCCAGUAUGACGACUACACGGCCACCUUGUUUGCUGGCGGAGCUGGCGCUGUGGCCGCGGCUGCGGCUGCUCCGGGCGGUGGUAUGCGAUACUACCAGAACAAGGCACACCAGGGAGGCCCGGUCGGUAUGCAACCCGGCUCCCAGCCCGGUGGCCGGUACAACCCGAACGGCGGCCAGUUCAACAUGGACGGUACACCGAAACCGAACAACGGACGCGGAACGUACCCACCGAAGCAGUACAACAAUAGCUACGCUGCCGGACCGGGCAAUCCGAACCAUCAAUAUCCGCAGCUGGCCGCAGCCGCAGCCGCCGCCGGCCAAACCAUCCCAACAGCAGCGCCGGCCGGCUUUACCGGAUUCGAUCCGACCGGCGGUCUGCAGUAUCAGGCCUCCUAUCCGAUAACGGCGGCCACCGCCACGUACUAUCCGUACCCGGCGGCCACGGCUCCACCACCACCACCACAGGCACAGGCGGCCCCGGUUGUUCCGCCGGUCCAGCAGUAGAGCGAGCCUACGAAACGAGUACUAGAAGAACAUCUUCACACACAACAUCCAUACACGAUCGGAGAGAGAAAGCAAGGUUAGUUUUUAGCAUCUUCCUAAUUUAUCUAUCUCUACUACUACUACUACUACUAUUAUUAAUACCCACAUCGAAUCGAAUAUUUCUUUCGACGCAACAACCAUGUAUGUUGAAUCUUUAUUUUUUUCCUGUAAAAGAUUCACGAACAAUGUUCUUCUCUGUUUAAAAAAAACAUCAGCACCAAGGCCGGAGCGAAUCCCAAAAACGCACCGUAAGAAAACUGAUGGAGGGUCCCCAACUUAAGUUUUCUUUGAUUGGGCUUUGACACAUCUGUGGUAGAGCCAUAGUUUAGCUACCUUAAUUUAAACUCUACCGUAGCCCAGUCUCCCAAAGGCAGACAGACCGGCCGAUAUGCGGGAAGAUACGAAGCUUGCGUUGCUGAUUCUUCUGAUCAAAGAUCGUAUACACAGAUACAUUGUAAUCGUUUUUUUUUCUUGGGACCGUAAAUUACAGAGAAGAUUUACUUAGGUUAGUUUGAAUUUCGUGUUUUCCUUCUUAUCAACAAAGUAUAAUAAUCCCCAUUUAAACGUAUAACAAGGCAUGAUUAUAGAGACAGCGCCGCACAGAGGGAGAGAAAAAAAAGUUUUUGUGUGGUGGAUCUCUGUCAGGUGUGCGGUCACGUACACCAGUUUUUUUUGUUUAUAUGGUCAUGUCGGUAGUAUAGAAAACAAUUUAUCCAUACGAAAGCUCAUUCGAAUUUCUACGAACAGCGGAAAAGAGGCUCGCGACCAGAGAAAAGCGAACGCUUUGAAACAUAUGACCGACGAUUAGAUCAUUUCAAGAGAAGUCAGGAACAAAUAGCAGAAAAAACGAAAAUAUACAACGUAACUCUCGAACAAAAACGUCCAAAA